CUCCGCGAGAUCUUUGGCAAAUACGGCCCCAUCAAAGAACUUGACUUACCUAUGAACCAUACCUUCAACACAAACCGCGGCUCAGCCUACAUCCUUUACGAAGAGGUCGAAGACGCCGAGAAAGCCAUCACUCACAUGCAUGAAGCGCAACUCGACGGUGCUAAACUCACUGUCUCAGUUGUGCUUCCU